AUGGGCACGGUCGGCAUUCCUGUCAAGCUGCUGCACGAGGCCGUAGGGCACACGAUUACGAUUGAGCUCAAGGGCGGCGUCACUUACCGCGGCCGUCUAUUCGAUGCCGAAGACAAUUUCAAUAUCUCGAUGAAGGAUAUCGCCGUCACCGCACGCGAUGGCAAGCAGACGCACCUGGAUAGCGUGUAUAUUCGCGGUAAUAUGGUACGAUUCAUGGUCGUCCCAGAUAUGCUGCAACAGGCCCCGAUGUUUAAGCGUGUCGGCCCGAACGCGAUGAAGGGACGCGGUAUCGGCAGCGCCCGCGGACGUGCCACCAUCAUGCGGGCCCAGGCACGACGUGGCAGGGCACCACCAGGCGUUCGGCCACCCAGUGCGCAUCGGUAG